AGUGUCAUGUUCUACCUGGCGGCUGCUGUGUCCGACUUCUACAUCCCCCCCUCGGAGAUGCCUGAGCACAAGAUCCAGUCCUCUGAGGGGUCCCUGCAGAUCACGAUGGAGAUGGUGCCAAAGAUGCUGUCUCCCCUAGUUAAGGACUGGGCUCCGGAGGCCUUUGUUAUUUCCUUCAAGCUGGAAACGGAUCCCUCGAUCUUAAUAAAAAAGUCUCGUCAGGCUUUGGAGAAGUAUCGGCACCAGGUGGUGGUGGCGAAUACCCUGGAGUCGCGGAGGACCUCGGUCAUCAUUGUAACCAAAGACACUGAAACGCCGCUGUCGCUUUCUGAUGAGGAAAUAGCUCAGGGCGUGGAAAUAGAGGAAAAGAUAGUGAACCACCUUCAGGAACAACACACGGCCUUUAUAGAGAAGAAAUUCUGAGGA